AUGGACGAUUUGGGAGGGAUGAGCGGAACCACCACUGAUCCCGCAGUUUACAGUCCUACCUCUGGCGUUCCCCGUGGAUUCCCUCACCAUGUCAGAUUCGUGGCCUACCAAGUUGCUGCAAUACUCUUCAUCUGCCUUAUUGGGCUUUCUGAGAGUGGAUGUUAUGACAAUUGGAGUCGUUGUACCCCGCAGACAAAGUUCGCAACAGGAAUAUUGUGGAAAGAUUGCCCCGAUUACUGUAGACAAUGCAAAGGACGAACAAGUGGGAGCUGUGUGAAGGUUUAUAACAAAGAUUGCAGUGGAGGAUACCAGUGCCAGUGUUCCGGUGGCUCCAGUACAAAAUCUACAAAUCCACUCAUAGUUGCCACUUGUAAACUUGGAUUGUAA